UGCUGUACACGUUUCACUAUACGAUCACUCCCUUUAACGGCAAGUAGUUUCAUAUUUAACAUUUAACAAUAUAGUAAUUUCAGAUAUAACAUGGUACCUUGAAGGAAAGCUAUGUAACCUAUGUCGAAACUUUCUUCAUAACACUUAAGACUUUCGUUGUAAUGAUGAAGACGGAGAGAUUAUUCGUCUGUCUUUCACUAUUACAAAAUGUCUCUCGAAGAGAGUCUGUGGGAUUUGAAUUAAUAGUACACAUAAUAGGACCCUGUAAUAUUAUGAAAUUUGGUGCUCCUAUUUCACUGGUAAAGCGGUUUUAAUAACAUUAAUUUAUAGUUAUAUUCGGAGUUUAGCAUUUAUGGAACUGUUUUAUAAAAUGGAUCAGAAAUAUUUCAGAAGUUUCUAAAUAUCCUUAAAAUUAACAGAAUAAAGUAAUUAAUAAUUGAAUUCUUCCAUUUACAAACAUAAGACAUUUUAGCUCUGCUGUGAACAAUAUAUCUGAAUUGCAACAUGAAUUUUGAUUUUUUCUAGCGUCAAAUAUUACUAUUAGUAAGUUGUUACUUACAGAUUGUUAUCUGAAAAUUUUCAUUUUAAAGAUUCCAAAGAGUAUUUGCUGUUGCGGAGAAAAAGAUCUAUACUUUCCUAUUUUCUGUCAGCCAUAGCAACUCUUUGGGCACUUGAAAUUGGAUUUUUGAUUAUGACUACAUUUCAAAGUCUUCUUGUGUCCAAACUGACUUUAAAUAAACCACAACCGUUGGUGGAUACUGUGGAUGAUUUUGUCAAGAGGAAGUCGAUUUUGGGUGUUGCUCCAGAUAACAUACAACUUUCUCACGUUCUAGAGCAUUCAGGAAUAGAAGUAUAUGAGAAAGCUUGGGAAAAAAUUAAACGUAAUCAGAGACCACCUGAAAUUGCGCUUAGUGUUGAAUCCCUCCUUGAAGUGGAAAGUGGAAAGAUAUGCCUUUUUCAUGGUCACUUAAUCAUCAAACAUCUCCUUAGUGAUUUCUACAGAAAGAGAACCACAUGCAAGUUACAUCUCUCGGACAAAUAUUUCUUUCCUUUCUUUCUACCAAUGAUUCUUAGCAGAAAAAUUCCCUACUCAUUUUAUGAAAAGUUUAAUAUGGGAGUAACUCGUCUUGUAGAUGCCGAUCUGCCAGGAAAAGCAUUUAAAUCGGAUCUCCGAGAUGCCAUUCUUUGUACUAGCCACUUUGAGAAUGAGUUAAAGCCUCUCGGAUUAGAAAAUAUAUACGGAGUUCUGCUACUGUGGGGAGCCGGAUUGAUUAUUGCAACAAUUACCCUUUUCUGUGAAAUAGUGCAUGAAAAAUAUAAGAGAUAUUUUUAAUAACCCUAAGUGAUUUCUAAGGGACAUGUCUUGGAAAAAUGAACAAGAAAAUAAUAUUAAUCAACUAUGAAGAAACAUUAGUUUAUUUUAAUAUUUCUUCUACAUUUUGGAGAAGACAGUCUGAGGAUAAAUCCUAACGUCUUUAUCAGGGUUAGAAAAGAACACUGGAAUGCAGUAAUCAUGUAAUUCUUGAAUUUGCCUGUUUUUCAAUGAAUUACGAAAUGAUUAAAAAUUUGUUUCCAGGCAACAUUUAAAAUUAUUUUGCAUUAAUCAUUUAUAUAUACUUUUAAUUGUCUGAAGAACAAUUAAAAGUAUAUUCUUCAGAUAUGAUUCAUUAGAAUGUAAAAAAAGCUUAAUCACACAAAAUAAAAUUAAAAAUACAAAAUAAGAAAAUUUAGACUUGAAAGGAAUAUGAAAAAUGUUUGAAACAAAUUGAAAAGAAGACUCUUUAUGCCUUAGUAAUCCUGCUUCAUGUUUAUGUCGAAAUUAAGAUAAGUGAACCUGGUAAAGUAAAUUAAAAAUGGUGAUGUGAAAAGACUUUAAAAUUACUAAUUUAGAAUAAUUAUA